CUAACCAACAUGGAUUACAUCAGGAAGCUGAGCCAAUUGAAAGUUUUUCAACACUCUUUCAAAGAGCCAUCCGAAUUUUACGCAAGUGUCCUGGUUGUUCCAAACCGAGUGGCUGGAGUGUCCGGUUUAGAUGUGCUGAGUGAAAAUUUCAAAAAGUUUUCAGUAAACUUAACAUGCACACUAAUUUCGAUUACGAUGUUCUUACUCGUUUCUGUGAGCACGAUGUACGAAGUUCGUCACAACAUCGACGAUCUGAUAUUUUGCUUCGUAACAAUUGGACUUUUCCUACAAGCUUCGAUGAAAAUUUUCACUCAUCUCUACUAUCGCCAGGAACUGCUAUGGAUCCAGGAAUACACGAAAAAAUUGUACCAGGAAGAAUGCAUAAAUCACAAGAAACUGUUGAUGGACUUUGUCACAAUGCUGCAUGUAUUGAUGAGAGUUGUUUUGGUGUGCUACGCAAUUACGAGCAUGUCCAUGAUUUUGGGCCCAUUAAUGAUAACGUUGUUAUCAGGACAAAAACUUCUUACUUUUGGAUUCUGGUUCCCGUACAUUGACCGUAACUCGUGGCUUGGUUAUGGAUGUAACUUUUCGUUGCAACUUAUUUUGUCCCUUUUCAUAACCUGUGAAUACAUGGGACUUGAUAUUAUUUAUUUUAUGACAAUGCUUAGCUCCGUAAAUCAGAUUGAUUUGCUGAUCAUCAAAAUCAAAAAUAUUGGAACUCAAAUUGAGCAAACUGAUGCCAAGUUGCAAGAGUCUUUGAUGGAAAUUGUCAAACGUCAUGAAGAACACUUAAAAUUCGUUCGAACCGUCGAAAACAUGUACAGAGGAUAUUUUUUCGUUCUUUAUGCAACUCUUGGAUUCACGAUUGUUCUGGUUUUGUAUGCUAUUGUAACGCUCUCAUGGAUCGCAGGAUAUGGCUCCGGAAUAUUUAUAACCUACCAAUUGUUUAUAUUUUGCCUCGUACCAACAGUUCUGGAAAUUAAGAAAGAAGAGCUCCAACGAGAAAUCUACAACAUUUCCUGGUACGAGUGGUCACGUCAAAAUCGUAAAUCUCUUCAACUGAUGCUGCAAACCGCCCAGCAGCCCAACUGUCUAUCGCUGAUCUUCUGCCCGCUGAACAUGCCCACCUUUGUGGAAGCGAUGAGAAUAAUCUACACCAUUUUGACGCUGCUGCUGACUUUCAGGAGUGGUGGCAAUUCACGCGAAAAUGUCAGUCUACAGGUGUCUGGUGGAAUGAGAAAGUUUGGCAAGCGCAAGCAUGAUUAAGCAAUGUUUAAAGAGUUUUCAAUUAAUUUUGACAAAAAGUAUGGUUUUUAUUUUCAUCAAGCAAAAACGUAUCAAUUUUUAACAUGACAAGCUAAACUAAAGCAAAUAAACAUGGAUAUCAAAAUGAAAAAGUAAAGAGUACUUUUGCACUAUAUAUGAAUAAUAAAAUGAAUCUGAUGAAACAAAAA